AUGUCGAGAGAAGACCGCCCAACCCUCCUCCGUCCCCCCGAGCCAGACCCGACCAAGUCCCCGAUCGAGCACGUCCUCGAGGUGACCGAGCUCGCGGUCCUGGGCCCCGACAUCUUCACCAACACCCGCCUCCCCUGGCAGCCCCCCGGCGCGAGGGGCAUCUUCGGCGGCGUCGUCAUCUCCCAGUGCCUCGCGUCCGCCCAGAAGACGGUCCCGGACGACUUCCUCCCCCACUCGUGCCACUGCUACUUCCUCCUCGCGGGGUCCAGCUCGAUCCCGAUCCUCUACCACGUCGAGCGCGUCCGCGACGGCCGCUCCUUCGCCACCCGCACCGUCCAGGCCCGCCAGCGCGGCCGCUGCAUCUUCACCACCACCAUCAGCUUCGCCCGCGCCGCCGACGACGACGAGUCCUCCCGCCGACGCACCAUCAACCACGCCGCGCCCCUACCGCCGGGCGUCCUCGACACCGUCCCGUCAGACGACCACCACGAUCCCCCCCAGCCGGGCGCCGACUCGCGACGCCCCCUCCAGAGCACCGCCAUGAUCACCACCCCCGUCCCCCCCGGCGAGAAGAGGGAGCCCGCCCACCGCCGCUGCCGCACCUGGGUCCGCGCCCGGGGCAAGCUCUCCCCCGAGGGAGGCCGCCGCGCCCACCUCGACGCCCUCGCCUACAUGUCCGACAGCUUCAUGCUGGGGACAAUCAUCCGCGCAAACGACGCCUGGGGCCACCGCCUCUCCCCCCGCCAGGUCGACGCCCUCCCCGAAGCCCAGCGCGCAGAGGUCAUCCGCGAGCUCGAGCGCACCGGCUUCGGCACCACCCUCGAGGAGUGGGAGGCCCGCCCGAGGCUCGGCAUGAUGGUCAGCCUCGACCACAGCAUCUACUUCCACGAGCCCAGGCGGGUCCGCGCCGACGAGUGGAUGUUCUGCGAGCUCGACAGCCCCUGGGCCGGCGAGGAGAGGGGGCUCGUCAUCCAGAGGAUCUUCGCCAAGGACGGGACGCUGCUGGCGAGCUGUGUGCAGGAGGGAGUUGUACGACUUAACCAGGACGGCACUGAGCAGGGAUCGAAACUAUGA